UAUUUACAAAUCAAAACAAUGAAAGAUCAGUUACAUGAAUUAACCCUUGAGGAGAUAACAAGGCAAGAACAAUUCUGUUCUCAAAAAAAGGCUGCUGAGAAUAAGAAAUCUUAUGUUACCGAAAUGUUUGGUGAACUUUAUUUUAGAGAAAACCCUGAGUCUUCCAUAAAACACCUUUUUCCUCCGAUGCCAAAAAAUGCUACUAAAGAAAAUGCUAAUAAAGCAUCCAUUUCAGAAACUAAAUUUGAGAAAAUUAAUUUCAGUGAGAAGCUCCCAAAUGGUGACAUUGCUCUGCAUGUAAAUGAGAUGCAAAUAGCGAAACAAUGGCGGAGUCAGAAUUUUCACUAAGAGAUGUUAAAAUAUAAAGAAGUAAAUUCACGAAGAAGCCAACGAGUGUCAAUAUGUAAUAUAUAUACAUAAAAAUAAAAAAUUUACCUAACUACACAGUGUAAUUUUUCGACACUGACACCCCUCAACUACAUGUGGCUCCGCCACUACAGGGAAAGGAGGAAAGGAAUCAAAGAAUUACCAGGAAACUGGUGGGAAUGUUGCUGCUUAGAACAGUUUAGAAUAAGUGUAAAAAAAUAUGUAGCUUGUAAAAUAAAUAAAGUCAAAACUCUAGGAGUACUUAUAAUGGAGUCUAUGUGAUGCAUGUCUGUAUCUAUGACUUCAUAAUUUAAAUAAACGUAACAUUAUCUUAUGAUGUCUUGCUUAGAUAAUUUUUGC